AUGCUUGCCAUUAUUGUGUGGACUCUGAUUCUGUCCGCUUAUGCAGAAGGGAAUCCAGCUGAAGACUUGGACAUCGAUGCACCGGUCGAGUCAUUGCGUCUCUUGCAGGAGCACUUGGCACUGAAGAAGUCGCAUGUCACAUCCAAAAGCAGCCUGGAGCCUGGACAGAUGGCCUUGCAUCCAAAGGCCACUGAUCUCAUCCAGAAGGCACAGCAAGAGCCCAACGUCACUGUUGAACACCGGUCGUGGUUCUCCAGGCUUGGCAAUGCAAUUUGGAGUGUUGUCGCCGGCCUCUGGUUGAUUCUUUUUUCAUUGGCUCUGAUGUGGAUGAACGAAGAGAGAAAUGCCCAGCAGGAGAGCAUCCUCCAGCUGGGAAGGUCAGAGGUGCAGACGAUUACAUCCAAGUGGGUCGACGAACAACUGCAUGGAACGUUGAUUCACAUGAACGACGCCGAUGCUCAGGGUAUGGAUGAGAUGAAGGAUCGACGUUUCCCUGCACUUCGCAUGGAAAGUGGCUGCCUGAGGAUGAGGAGCCAAGUCCAGGUAUACCAGUGGGAGGAGGACAAGCGCUAUGUGAAGGACCUUGACGACCAGCGGUUGGCCAUGUAUUCAUAUCGCGAAAUCUGGUCUGAUACCCAGAUAGAUUCCGCCUCGUUCCGUGAGUCGUCGGAAAGAAACUCCAUCUCCGUCGCCGGACUUCCGUGUGGCACCGUCCAGAUCACCAACACCACGGUCAAGUAUGGCGAUGGCUUUUACUUGCCGAAGGAGAUGGUCGAGCAGCUGGACAACUGGCAAAAUGCCAAUAGCCACGUACAGAACUUGGAGUACAACGGCACUCGAUUCGGCAAUCCCUCGGAAGGGUGGUUGUAUUAUCCAGAAAGCGCGGCCCAGUCUCCAACCAUUGGCAGUGUGCGUGUGCGUUUGGAAUACGUGGCGGAUGGACCAGUUUCGAUUGUGGCACUACAGACGGCGGACGACAAGCAUCCACGUGCAGCCUCUUUCUUGCCAUACCGACUGGUCUCCCGAGGGCUCUGCUGCGGCCUCCGCGACCAAGCCUUGCAGAAAGCUCUUCUUAUCCAGGGCCAAAAGAGGUCUCACCAGCUCUACAAGGAGGAACCGUGGACUUUUGGCCCGUUUGAGUGGCUGUGCUGCCUGUGCUGCUGCAGCGGGCUCCUGUGCUGCUGCUGUAACCUCGUUGCGAGGCAGUUCGCUGUUGCGCCUCCGCAGAUCUUCGCCGCCUACCCUGGCCGCAGCACUGUGUCGGAGGUCUUCGACAAGCUCAACACGUCUCGCCUGGUGAUGAAGUGGGGUCUGCGGCUUUUGUCCUGGCUCCUGCUCUAUGCCGGCACCUACGCCCUCUUCCAGCCCUUGCUGGUGGUCCUGGACAUUCUUCCCUUCCUGGGCCCUUACAUCAGCUCUGGAGCAGGUUGGGUGAUUCGUGUACUGGUCUUCCUAGCGACGGCCGUCCUGGCCACCUUGGUCAUCUCCGUGGCCUUCCUCCGCUACCACCCAUUUGUCGGCUUGACAUACAUGGCCGGAGCCGUGCUGAAGCGCGUCGAAGAGGGCGGCUUUGGCCACCAGGCUGUGGAUACUGCCGCUGAAGGCAAGCCGCUAGUCUUGGCCCGGGAUCGCUACGCGGAGCUUUUCGGCCCCACAGCGGGGGACAAGGUCCGUUUGGGCGAUACCAACCUCGUUGCAGAGGUGGAGAAGGACUUCACAGUCUAUGGCGAGGAAUGCAAGUUCGGAGGUGGGAAGGUGCUGCGCGAGGGCAUGGGGCAGGCAACAGGAGUGCUGGCCAAGGAUGCCCUGGAUGUAGUCAUCACGAAUGCAUUGAUCGUGGAUGCCAAGCUCGGCAUUGUGAAGGCGGACAUUGGCAUCAAGGGCAACCACAUCGCUGGCAUCGGCAAAGCUGGGAAUCCUGACAUCAUGGACGGCGUCACGGAGGGAAUGGUGGUGGGUGUCACCACGGAGGCAAUCGCCGGGGAAGGCAUGAUCAUCACGGCCGGCGGGCUGGACAUGCAUGUACAUUGGAUUUGCCCGCAGCAGAUUGAUGAUGCUGUGGCAUCAGGGCUCACGACGAUGUACGGAGGAGGAACGGGGCCAGCAACCGGCACAAAUGCUACGACCUGCACGCCGGCACCAAGCCAGGUGGCGAUGAUGCUGCAAGCCACGGACGCGUUCCCUCUGAACUUCGGCUUCUCUGGGAAAGGCAACACCUCUGACCCCACGGGGCUCCACGAGGUCAUCAAGGCUGGUGCAGCUGGCCUCAAACUCCACGAGGACUGGGGUACGACGCCAGCCGUGAUCGACACCGCGCUGACAUUUGCAGAUAAGCACGACAUUGCCAUCACCAUCCACACGGACACCAUCAACGAGUCCGGCUUUGUUGAUGAUUCUAUUGCGGCGAUGAAAGGACGGAGCCCCAGCUUACUGGCUCCAUCGGAGUGA